GCGGCGCUGCUUGGCGGCUCAGGGUCGUGGCCGGUAGCGGCGGGGCAGCGCUGGGGGAAGGUGCCUGGGCACUGCCCGGGGCAAGGGGAGCUGCUUGGCGGUGACCUGUAGCGCCGGUGUAGUGCCUGCCCCUUUCCCGUCCCCUCCCACUCAGGGUGGGGGAUCUUGCGGCCAGGCUUUGCCCUGGCGGGCCUCCCUCCCUACCCUUUAUGUCAGUUACAGUCAGUAGCCCUCCGUUUUGGGGGGUUAUUUAACUUUUGUGCAAUGAAUGUGUGAGUGGUCGGGGCCAAGUAAACAAUAAGUGCUAAAUAAAUAUCCUUGCAACCCAUGUUUACUAAGUAUUGACUCUGGCCAGUAAUUUCACUCAGGGUCAUUUGGAAACCUCAUUCUUGUUGUGGGUCUAGGUUGUGUUCAUCCUGCUUUUUGUUGCAUUUUAUAUUUGACUGAACUGAGAAUUAAGACAGAAUGUUGUCAUCUGUGCACAGACAAGAUAACGAUAUUCCAUCAGAGCUGCAUGUUCAACAAAAGUUGCCUUCUCCUGAUGUUGCUGAGUUUUCAGCAUGCAUGGAGGAGGAAACCUUGAAGCAGAAUUGGAGUUCAUUUACCAAAGUUAUGGAUAAACAUCAGACCAAGCUGAAAGAACUGUCACCACAGCUCAAAAGCAGAUCACAGGAAAACUUCCUAGAACAAAACCUGAGUGAAAGUGAAAUGAGAUGGUUGAAAGAAGAUGAAAUUGCCACAUUACAAGAAAAGAUUCUUGAAGCAGAGAUGGCAAUCAGUUCAACAGAAAUGUUUUUGCCUUCAUUUAAAGUCACUAUUGCUGGAAUGACAAAUGUGUGUAACCUUUCUACAUCAGAUAUGAUUAAGAUUUCUAAACAAGAGGAUUUACUGAUAAAGGAACUAGAGACUCUCAAACACAUAAAAGGAUUAUUACUACACCUACUUAGAACAACAGAGCAUAAAGAAAUAAGCAGUAAACAAAUUGACAUUUUGAUGCAGAAGUUAACUGAAAGUGAAACUGAAAAUGAUGGUCUCAGAAAAGAAACACUUGAAACAGAGAAGCAUAUUGUAGAGCUUUCUUCUCAGCUUCAACAGGAAAAAGCAAAUGCACUAAAAGCAGAUCACCUAUCAAAGUCAGUAGAAGCUGUACAAGCCCACCUGCAAUGCCAGAUUCAAAAAAAGGAGGCUGAGAAUGAUCAGUUGAAAGCAAAAAUACAGACUCUGGAAAAGAAAAUAACUGAGUGGAAGCUUCAAAUUGGAAAACACAAGCACCAAAUUUUAGCUGUAAAGGAAACAAAUGAGCAAAAGAAGAAAGCUCUGAAAAAAGCAACCAGAGCCCAGAAACAAAGAGCUGAAUGUUUUGAAGCAUCCAUUGAAAAACUAACUUCCAAAAUUAGAAAGAGGGAAGUCAAAUUGUCUGAAGUACUUUCAGCUUCCAGUGUCUGGAAAAAUCAUCAUGAGAAGGCUGUAGAAGAAAAGACUCGGUUAGAGGUUCAAUUUGAAACUCUGAAGAAACAGAUCACAAACCUUUUGGAGGACAUGAAAAAAAUACAAGAUCGUGGAAGAAAUUCAAAUGAAGAAAUCCAUGGAAAGCUUAAUUCUAUCAGUUCAGAAAGUGCAAAUAUUCGUCUUGACAAUGCAAAAUUAAAGGCUUUACUUGCUGCUUUGGAAGACAACACUGUUUCGGCUGAAGCUGAACUUUUAAACCUGCAAGAAAAAGUAAAGCAGCAGGAAAACCUUGCUGAACAGUAUAAAACUCAGGUACAAAAAUUACAAACAGAAGCAGAAGAACUGAAAGCCAGAUACAAAAAAGUGUUAAAUGAAAACAAAAUAAUAACAGAAGCCAAAGAUUUAGAGAUAAGUGAGGUGAGGAGCCAGAUACAGGCUCAAUUGAAGGAGUUAGAACAUGUUCGUGACUUACUGAAAGUAGCUGAAGAGAGGCUGCAGGAGUAUCAGGAAAAUCUGUUGUCCUACAAAAGGAGUUAUGCAGACAAAUCCAAAACCAUUAGGGAGCUACAGGUUCAGAUGGAUGACAACAACAGGUUCUUGAGAAACCAUUCUUUGGAAGAGGAAAACUGUAACAUUCAGAAGAAAUAUGAAUAUCUUAAAAGACAGUUAGAAAAGAUGGAAGUACAAAAUGAAGAACUUGCACAUCAGCUGGCAAACCAAGAGGAGAGUCUUCAGCACAGUGAAUUGCAGCUUAAAGAGAAAUUAGCAGAAUAUGAUGCUUUAGCCAGACAGUUGGAGGCUGCUUUGGAAGAAGGCAGAAAAAAGGAGUCUGAAGAGGUGGAAAAAAUGUCAUCCAAGGAGAGAGCUCUUCAGACAAAAAUAUUGACUCUGGAAACUGAAUUGAGAGAGAGACGAGAGGAGCAAAAGCGACUUGUCUGCAAAUUAAACAAUAGAGAGAAACGUCAGGAAGUAUGUUUGAAAGAAUUAGAGCACAAUCUACAAAAAUCAGAAAACCAGAACCACAGCAUCCACAAUUAUGUACAGUUCUUGAAAAACUCAUAUGUAACAAUGUUUGGCUGAAUUCUUUAAUUUAGAAUAUUUUAAAUAAUAAGGGCAGAAUCUUGGAAGGCGUUGAGUGUCCUUAACUCUCAGUGAAGUCAGUGGAAGCUGAGGACACUUUGGAUUGAACCCUGUAUCAUUAGGGCUUCAUAGCGAAACUCUCGCUCCAAGUUUUGCAGAAUUGAGCCUACCCUGAUGUAUAUACACUGGUUGAUCAUGUUCUGAAUGUUUACAUGGCAUUACUAAUCUAAAAAUGGCAUUACUAAUCUUCAUUUCUUGAACAAUAGUGAAGGAAAAACUGCGCAAUCUCCAUGAAAGAUAUGUGUUCCUGUUAUUCAAUGUACUUCCAUUGCUGUAGAAAUCUCACUGGAUUCAAUUUGCAUUCCAACUACCAUGAUAGUAAUAGAAAUACUAUUCUUAAUAUUUUGUAAAUGUAAUAUAUAAUUGAAAGAAAAUCCAUUCAAAUUAUUAUAUGGCGGCACUAAAUGUGGUGACAAUCCUCCUGAUAAUGGCCCCAAUUCAACAAGGUAUUUAAGAAUAUCCCUAAUUUUAAGCACAUUAGUAAUUCAUUUGAAGUCAAUGGGAUUACUCAUGUGCCUAAAACAAACCACAUGCCUAAGUACCUAGCUGAACUGGGGCCAGUAUGAAGGAAAAUCCUGAUUAUGUAAGUUGGUUUUCUAUAGCAAUAGUAUAAAAUAUUCUUACAGAAUUGUGAUAUAGUUUUUAAAGGAUAACAGAUUCAGAUAACAUUGAAACAUCUCAAUAUAUAAAUUUUAAGUGUAUAUUAAAUAUCCUAUAAAUGUCUUUUAUAUAAAAAUAUAACUGAUGUUACUUAUUUUGUUUUACAUGCACGUGUUUUAACGAUCAUCUUUUCUCAACAUAUAACAAACUACUAGCAAUGAAAUAUUUAUUGGUGCAUCAGUGUUUUCUCUUUUACUUUGCAAUUAGGUAUCCAUAUCAACAAGCUAAUAGUAUAUGAAGUAUUAUUCUGUUGGUUUACACUCUACACUUUUUUUUUUUAAGAAAACUAUGAUUUAAGUAUAUUUGAUUAUUGUGACACUAGCACAUUACUUUCUGUUACAAUUUUUUGGUUCCCUGCCUUAAAAAAAACAACACUAAAUUUUCUUUUGAUUAGGUUUAACUUCUUCCUCCACCACUUCAGAAUUUACCUGUUUAGUGAUACUGAACGAUCAUAACCUUUUUAAAAAAUCAUGAAUGAAGAAACAUCAAGAUAUGCAGAAGUAAAACCUUGAAUCCAGUACCAGGUUUACUUUUAAAAGCCUAGCACAGUCCAAUUAAACAAUUUGUUAGUCUCUAAGGUGCCACAAGUACUCCUGUUCUUCUUUUUGCGGAUACAGACUAACACGGCUGUUACUCUGAAACUUGUCAUGAAGGUCACUGUAGUAAGUGUAGGCUUCUUAUUUGAUAAAUGGUUUAAGAAUUUCCAAUAAAUUGCUUUUAACCUA